AAAUAAAGAGACGCAUGUUAAAUACUCCUCAGCCAACCCCCUGACGAGUGAGUCAACAUCGUGACAUGGUUUUAGUCCAUCACCACCAGACAUAAAGUCAGCACCUUUGACUCCAUUGAUCCGAACUUGAGUAAAUCCCUUAUACACAUCCCCCCAAUCGUCAACAAAAACGAACAAAAAAGAAAAACAAAACAAAAAUGCAAACCUCCUCCCAAGACAUCGCCGCCACGGCCACCGAGUUCGGCAUCUCCACCAGAGGCGCCUACAACCAGCUGUACAUGCGCGGAUGGAGCUUUUUCGAACAAUGUCUAGCAACACCGUGGUCACCCGCGACUCCCGAUGGGGUAAUCAACCUAGGCGUGGCAGAAAACUCCCUUAUGCACAACCAAAUCGUCAAAUUCAUCAAGCAAAACACUCAAGUCGACCCAAUCAGCCAACUCACCUACGGCAACGGCCCACGAGGCUCCCCCCGUCUCCAGCGUGCCCUAGCCAGCUUUCUGAACAGAAAGUUCUCACCCCUUGAGCCGGCAAAGAGUGAUGACAUCAUCGUCAUGGCCGGCGUGACGCCCGUGAUAGAUGCUCUGACAUGGGCGCUGUGCAACGAGGGGGAGGGAAUCAUCAUCCCCCAGCCGUACUACACUGCCUUCGCGACCGACAUCCCCGGUAGAGCAAGAGGGGUGAUAAUCCCGGCCACAUUUCAAGAUAUCGAGGGAUACAAAGGGUUUGACGAUGUUUUUGACGCGGAGAUGAACGUCCAGGCUCUGGAGACGGCCCUCAGCAAUGCUGAGAGCAAGGGCGUCAAGGCGAAGGGGCUUAUGCUGGUCAACCCGCACAACCCGCUCGGGAGAUGUUAUCCUCCAGAGACGAUCAGGGCCAUCGCUGGUUUUUGUCAAGCUCAUAACCUCCACCUCAUCAGCGAUGAGAUUUACGCUCAGUCUAUCUACAACAACCCAGACGCCACAGACGUAGUGCCGUUUACAUCUGCCCUCGCGCUGGAUCUCCCUAUUGACACCCAAAAACUCCACGUUGCAUACGGCGCAAGCAAAGACUUUUGCGCCAACGGUCUCAGAUUGGGGAUGCUGCACACCCGGAACAGGGGACUGAUGGGCGCGAUGGCGAGCAAUGCCAUGCUUGGCUGGCCGCCGUACUUGGUGCAGGACAUUUGGGCCGCCAUGCUGGAGGACACCGAUUACACUGACGAGUUCCUGGGGAAGAACCGGGAGCUGCUGGGGGAGUCAUACAAGGUUGUGACUGAUUUUUUGAGGGAGCAAGGGGUGGGAUACUAUGGGAAUUCAAACGCGGGUAUGUUUCUUUGGAUAGAUCUCAGACGGCACUUGGUUGGGAAGAAGGAGGGUGGACAACCGCCUGAGUUGAGGGUUGGGAAAUUGAGCCCGGGGGAUUUGGAGAGGUAUCUGGAGAGGGAACAGCAUAUUUGGAAGGUUUUGGGUGAGAAUAAGAUCUUGUUGGCUAUGGGCAGUGUGUUUGCGAGUGAGGAGCUGGGGUGGUUUAGGAUGACGUUUAGUGCGUCGAGGCCGGCGUUGGAGAUUGGGUUGGAGAGGUUGAAGAGGGUAUUUGAUGCGCUGAAGCGAAGUCAACUGUAA